AUGUCGAGCGGCAUGCAUCUCAUGAGCCCAAGCGAUAUUGUUGGGCCUUCACCUGUCACCUCGACUGGCACAGAGACGACGGAAAUCGAAGAUGAAGAAGCAGAAGAAGCUCAGGCUCGACCAACAAUUGCCAAUCCUUUGCCUCACCCCCAGACUGGCAGCGAAGAGGCUGUUUCAGUCAUCCAUGCGCCCGAAAGCUUCCACAGCUGGGUUUCAAAUGACCCUACUGUCAAGCCAGACCAGGCUAGCGAGCAGUCAUCGCCAAAGUCUGACGCGAAGUCGUCAUCACCGAGGUCUGCAAAGUCUGCGAAGGCUGAUGUCAGAACGUCGCCGAAGACUGAUACAAUGAGCCUUCCGCCUGUUACAGAACAUGCAUCCAAGUCGAGAUCUCCCGGACUGCCUACUCCUCCUCCACUCUCCACGGAUGUCAGGCCUGUACGCUACAGCAUCGACAGUGCCACGCCACGAGCACAGGAUCUACAAGAUAUGCUGAGCGAGUCAUCCAGGCUCCGCUCAAGCAGCACUAGCAGCCUCGAGAAAAUCGAUGAAAGGAGGGGAGAAGAAACCGACGCCGAAACUUACGAUGAAUACUACGCCACCCCCGGUCUGCCAUAUGAGGCCGAAGAGAUCACGGCACUACGAACUGCACUUCACGAGUGCUGGACGCUAUGCAACACCUUGGCAAAUCUGAGCUCUAUCCACCGGAUGAGGGUCUUCAACAGCUCAGGAACCCCGGACGCACACGAGAAGGCGUGGAUGGCCUGUUGGAAGCUUUGCCAAAGGCUCUAUGACAACCAGGACGAGGACUUGUAUGGUCACAACGUACGAGAGAAUCUCGACCUUUGCCGUGACUUCUGUCAGUCACUCUUCGAUGUCCGACAGAAGAAGGAUGAAGUUGCCGAUUCAAUUCUCCGGGUUAGCUUCGAGCUCAAUAACCAUCUGUACAGCGCUCAGGAUAUACGAAAUUUGCCAGAACAGUUUCGGGAACGAACGCUGGAUUUCUAUAUCACACUUUGUCAUCGGCUGAUGAAGCAACGAAGCGAGUUGGCCGAGGAGACUGACUCUUUACUGAAAGCCUGCUGGUCACUAGCCGAGAUGCUUUUCAGCUUGAGACAGAACAGGCGAGAUGGAAGGGCCCCCGACGAGGAACUCCUCGGGUCAGCAGUACAGGCUUGUUGGGAAUUGUGCGAUCUCUUCAGAGAUGGAUGGACUCAAGUCCGUCCAGAUCGCAACACCCCGAGGCCAAGUCAGACAAAUUUCUUCGGCCACCAACAAAACUUUGAACAGCCGUCAGGCCGAGAUAGCAGAGCAUCCAACCGUUCUUCCUACUCGAAGCGAGAAAGCCACAAGAGCGUUGUGGAGGAGCGCACGAGGAAGCCUCCUCCAGUGCCCGAGACUCCGGUCACGGAAUUCGAAGACACCCCAAUCUCUCCAGAGAGUCAAUCGCCACGAGUUCCCAACAUCUUGGUCCUCGGUACCACCUCCGACAGUGGCCGUGGAGGCCGUUGGUCGAGCAGCGCUUCCCAGCUGUCAAGCUACUCACAAAGCAGCAACAAGACAUCAAGCACGGCCACGACAACUACUGCAGGCGACGACAGCAACACCAGUAGAAUCAAGGCUCUCGUUAUCAAGGCGGCUAUGAACGUUGGCUACGCCCGAGAUCCAGCGCUCGACAACAAAUCCGAGAAGGCCGCCUUGCAGGCCUUCGUGAAGCAGAUGCCCACGGGUUCUUUCGGUUCCCUCCCGGCUCAUGCUACGUUGCUGCAGAACUACAAGAACCUCGUACAGGCGGAUGCAUCGUUCCGCGGAUCUUCGCUGCUUCCGAUUCGAGGAAAGCGUAUCGCGGCAAACGACAUGGCAAGGAGUGUCAACUACAUGGCCGGCCGUGCUGCCCAAUACGUCUUUCUACGCGACCUCUACAAACUGGUGUUCAGUUUCCCCACAGAAGAGGGAGACUCGAGGAAAACAGUCAGCAUUGCCAUUUGA